AUGGUAGUGAAAAGAAAAGAGGAGCAGGGGCACAUCGGUGACCUUAUUGAUGUAUUUGAAGUGCUUAGACGGCACAAGUUACAUCUCAAUGCUAAUAAGUGUUCCUUUGGAGUAGGGGCUGGCAAGUUUCUCGGAUACUUGAUUACCCAUCGAGGAAUAGAAGUGAAUCCCGAUCAGAUUAGUGUUAUAGAACGCCUCAAGUCUUCAAGCAAUCCAAAGGAGAUCCAAGUGUUAACCGGAUUCCAGUGGACUAAGGAAUGUGAAAAGGCUUUCCAGGAUUUAAAGGAGUAUUUGGUACGGGCUCCAAUGUUGUCAGCCCCAGAGCCCAGUAAGGAUUUGUUUAUGUAUCUCUCGGUGUCUGAGCACACUGUGAGUGCCGUGUUGGUGAGGGAUCAAGGUGUACAACAACCUGUCUAUUACAUUAGUAAAACCUUGGUCAAUGCCGAUACAAGAUAUUUGCCUCUAGAAAAGUUAGUAUUAGAAUUGGUGCAUGCCACGAGGAAGUUACCCCAUUAUGUUCAAGCCCAUACCGUUUAUGUUCUAACUGAGUAUCCCUUGCAAUCCUUGUUGAAAAGAUCUGAUUUCACAAGCAGGAUAGCCAAGUGGGGGACUCGGUUGGGUUAUUUUGAUAUACAGUAUAGACCUAGAAUUUCGAUGAAAGGUCAAGUUCUUGCUGACUUUAUUGCAAAAUUUUCCCUGAAAAGGGAGCUGGAGACUGUUUGCCAUGUAGAAGUUUGGCCAUGGAGGGUAUUCAUUGACGAUGCUUCCAAUGCCUUGGGAGUGGGGGUAGAGAUUGUUAUUAUUAUGCCAAAAGGGAUACGGGUAAAGCACUCUCUUAGAUUGGGCUUUAAAGCCUCUAACAAUGAGGCUGAGUAUAAGGCCCUACUUGCCGGACUGAGAGCUAUUCUAAAUUUAGGGGCACGAGAAGUUGAAGUUUACUUUGAUUCUUGGUUGGUCAUCAACCAGGUGGAGGACUCUUUGGCCACCUUGGCAUCAUUGUUAACAGAGGAGGUACCACGGUUAAUUAAGGUGGAGGUGGUGGCAGAACCUAGUAUUGAUGCAAGGGUGAAUGUCUCAACUGUUAAGGUGUCCAAACCUUGCUGGAUGGACCCGAUCAUUGACUUUUUGGCCCAGGACUGUGUGCCAACCAAUGAGAAAGAAGCGGAGAGGCUACUUAGAGUCGCUACUCGGUAUUGGCUGUCAGUAAACUGCAAACUGUAUCGAAGGUCUUUCAGACGAUCAUAUCUUCAGUUUUUACACCCCAGCAAGGUCAAUGAGCUCUUAACUGAGCUUCAUGAGGGGAUCUGCAGUAGUCAUGUUGGAGGAUGA